UUUCAGCCAUGCAUGCGGAUCAGCCUUUCCUUGUCACGGUCGUGCCUGUGUUUUGGAGAGUACUACUAUUGGCUUGUGUCUGCAUUGUGCUUGCCGCUCAGGGGCAAGGAGCUCUGCUUGUUUCCCACAGAGAUGCUCUCGUAGAGAUGGUCGAGGUGCACACUUUCAUAGUUGACUGUGCGGUGACGUCUCGUUUCGCUCACACCGUUAUGACCUCCAAGGCUCUGAACAAAGCCAACAUCUCGCGUGAAAUCGUCUUCGAAGUGGAGAUUCCAAAGACGGCCUUCAUCACCAACUUCACCAUCGAAAUGGAUAGUCAAGUUUAUGUUGGAGAGGUAAAGGAGAAAGAGAAAGCCAAGCAAGAGUAUGAGAAGGCGAUUUCUUCAGGAAAGACGGCUGGACUGGUCAAGGCAUCUGGAAGACAGAUGGAGCAGUUUUCAGUUUCUGUCAACAUUGCAGCGGAAAGUAACAUCAUUUUUGUUUUGACCUACGAGGAGCUCCUUCAGAGGAAACAGGGCCAGUAUGAGAUUUUGACCCGAGUGAAACCCAAACAACCGGUCCAAGACUUUCAGAUCACAGUUAGCAUAUUUGAACCUCAGGGCCUCACCUCAGUGGAUGCUACAGCAACAUUCCUCACCAAUCAGCUGCUCCCUCUGGUGGACAAAACUGUCACAAACACAAAGGCCCACAUCACUUUCUCACCAACAAUGGAACAACAGAGGAUAUGUCCGUCAUGUGAGGGCACUCGAGUUGAGGGAGAUUUUAUUGUCAAGUAUGAUGUCAAACGAGAAGAAAGCCUUGGGGAAGUCCAGGUGGUAAACGGCUACUUUGUGCACUUCUUCUCUCCACCUGACUUACCCACAGUUCCAAAAAAUGUCAUAUUUGUGGUUGACAGGAGUGGCUCAAUGAGCGGCAAAAAGAUAAUACAGACCCGAGAAGCCUUGGCAGCCAUUCUGAAGGACCUCCAUGAGGACGACCAUUUCGCUGUCAUCCUGUUUGAUUCCGAGAUUGUCACCUGGAAGGACUCUGUCAUGAAAGCAACAAAAGAGAACGUGACAGAUGCCGUUGCCUACAUUGGGAAACUGAAGGAGAGGGGAGCAACUGAUAUCAACGGUGCCCUAUUGAAAGCGGUGACAAUGCUGAUGAAGGAAAGAAAAUGCAAACGGCUUCCAGAGAGGAGUGUGGAUAUGAUUAUCCUGUUGACUGAUGGGAUGCCAAACCACGGGGUGUCCAACCUAAAAUCAAUCCAGGAGAAUGUACGCCAGGCCAUUGAUGGAAACAUGUCUCUGUUCUGUCUCGGAUUUGGGAAUGAUGUGGAUUACUCCUUUCUGGAUGUGAUGAGCAAACAAAAUAAAGGGCUGGCCCGCAGAAUCUUUGAGGCCUCAGAUGCAGCUCUUCAACUCCAAGGUUUCUAUGAAGAAGUGUCCAGUCCACUGCUCUUGGAGGUCAACCUGCGUUAUCUUGGCAAUACUGUUGACUUCCUGACCAAAAAUCACCACAGCCAUUUGUUCGACGGCUCUGAGAUUGUGGUGGCUGGUCGCUUGGAUGACAGCCAGGAGCUUGAUAACUUCCUUGUGGAGGUGUUUGCCCAGGGGCCAGAGGUGGAUUUCCAAGUGCAGGGGAAGGCAAGAGUGGCAGACUGGGAUGUGAUCUAUCCAGAAGACAAGUACAUCUUUGGGGACUUCACAGAGCGUCUGUGGGCUUACCUUACCAUUCAGCAGCUACUGGAGAAGAGUCGCAUCGCUAGUCAACAGGAAAAGGAAAACGUCACAGCUAAGGCCUUGGAUAUGUCGCUGCGCUACAACUUUGUCACCCCUCUCACCUCCAUGGUGGUCACCAAGCCUGAAAGUGAGGACGGACCAGACAGCCCCCUCAUCGCUGAUAAGCUGACAGAAGAUCAACGACAAAGAGCAGAGAGACAAAGAGGUUCCUCUGCCCCUGCUGCAAGUUCACGGCAUCAAUCAAAUGUGGAUGGAGAUCCACAUUUCAUGAUAGAACUCCCAGACAGGGAAGGCACCUUGUGUUUCAACAUCAAUGACAAGCCGGGGACUAUUUUCAACCUGGUCAGAGACCCCAAAUCAGGUUUUGUUGUGAAUGGCGAGAUUAUUGGCAAGAAGAAAUGUGUCCCAGAUCAAAAGGUGAACACCUACUUUGGUCGUCUUGGUAUCAGCCACAAGGCACUGGGGGUAAAGCUGGAGGUGAACACCCAGGAUAUCUCGGUGUUUCGUGAAGGAAAACAGGUCAAGAAGAUACUGUGGACAGAUUUUGCCUCUCUUAAAGACACCAAUAUGGAUCUUCAGAUGACAAAGAACUGUAGCCUCACAGUCACACUGAGGCACUCAGUCAAAUUUAUGAUCAUCAGGCAUACAAAGGUGUGGAAGCGACGCCAUGAUCGGCAGAACUAUCUGGGUUUUUACACCCUGGACAGCCACCAUUUGUCCCACUCAGUUUAUGGACUGCUAGGCCAGUUCUACCAUGGUGUUAAUUUUGAAGUGACAGACCGAGAUUUGGGAAAUAUUCAGCAGAAAACAGUCACCAUGUACGUGAAGGGACAGACACUCAAUGUGACCAGACAUUGGCAGAAGGACUUCAGCAAAGAUGUGGUGAACGGGGAAAAUAUUCCCUGCUGGUUUGUUGACAAUGAUGGAGCCGGUCUCAUUGACGGGAGAGCCUCUGAUUACAUUGUGUCCAACCUCUUUUAAAUCUUUUUUUCAAUUCAACAUUAAUUAACAUAAACAAUUAAUUUUUUUUUUUGCUUUAGGUGAGACACUGCAUUAUUUAAGCACUUAUAGACAUUAAAACAUUAAGGACAUAAGGAAAUAUUCACUUGCUGGAGCUAAAACAACAACAACAACAACAGCUAUACACUCUGUUUUCAUUCUAAAAUGCUAUUUUAGUUUUGUGUUGAAAGUAACUUGUGGAUAAAAUGACCAAAGAAAUGUAAUAGUCCAUCAUAAAUGUUGAGAGGUGUGAAUGUGAAGAAUGUUAAAGGACUUCUGUAGUGCUUUGAAUAUUGGCACUGAUUCCAUAGUUCUGUACUUAAAAAUGAUAUCUGCAGGAAAAAAAUAGACUCAGUAGAAAUUUUAGGCUUUGUUUUCUGAUGACAUCGUUGAUUUUUAGCCAGAUUUUGGCCCGACCCUGUUUAGGUCCAAACCUGCGUGAGCCUGCUGACGUCAGCAACAGAGGACGAGGACAUUUUCUUACUAGCUAUUAAAUGUUCUGUGGCAUAAUUGUUACCUAUAUUGAAAGUCUGUAUGUUUUUAAGACAAUAACGAAUGAAAAUAGUGAGGUUAGAUA